AUGUCGAAAAAAAGUCGCGGCCCUAAUUUCUGCGCCAGUGAAAAAGGAAUUUUAAUAGAACUUAUCCUAAAAUAUAAAGAUGUCGUAGAAAACAAAAAAACAGAUGCUGUGACGAUUGCUCAUAAAAAUGAGGGUUGGAAGGUGCUCGCGGAAGAAUUCAAUUCCCUGUGCAGUUUCAAUGUCCGAAAUACGGACCAACUUAGAACGUGUUGGGAUAACCUCAAAAGAACGACAAGGAAAGACAAAGCUGCCACAAAGAAGGAGAUUUUCUUAACAGGUGGAGGCAGGCCCAAUCAUCUACCACCAGGGCCUUUACAAGAGCAAGUAGAAAUAUUACUUGGCCCAACAUUGGAUGGUCUUGCAAACGAAUUUGAUAGCGAUGGUCAAUUUCAAGAGUCUGUCACAGCAUCUAAUAAAGUGAAGGAAGAUUCAGCAGAAAUAUUACCGACCAUUGUAUUAUUAGAUGCAGUACCUGGCUAUUCAACUGUGGUAAUUAUGAACAUACUAGCCAGUUCUCUAUGGCCUUUAAUUAACGUAUAA